AUGGCAGCAACAUCUAUAAUAAUGUUAAUCAAUUUAUGUUUCGGUAUUGGAACAACUCUAUUUUUUCUCAAUCCAAGACAUUUCUAUGCAUUAUCACCUACUUUUUCUCGAGUAAACACGUAUAUACUUCAAUGCACUUCAAUGAUGUAUCGUUGGUGCUUAGUUGCAGCAAGUUUUGAUCGAUAUGCACUUACAUCAGCUGAUUUAAAUUUAAGAAAUUUUGCUAAAAUGCAUAUAGCUCGUCGUACAAUUGUUAUUAUUAUAGCUGUUUGGCUUGUGUUGCCUAUACAUAAUCUUAUCUUUAAUACUGGAAAUGUGAAUUCACAGAAUAUUUUUCAUCAUGCUCCAUUAUUAUAUUAUCAUAGUAUUUUUACACUUACUACUGGAUGUAUUUUUCCGGCAACAAUUAUGAUUGUUUGUGCAUUUUUAACUUAUCAUAAUCUUGUUCUUAAACGAAAACGUCGUCAAUUCAUUAUUACUCAACAUCCAGGUACGAACAAUGACGCAAGAGAACAAGAACGAAGACGUGAUCGUCAAGUUUUACUUUUAUUAAUUGUUCAAGUCAUUGUAUUUAUCAUUACAAUUAUUCCAUUGAUGUGUUCACAUUUUUAUAAUGCAACAACACUCAAUAUUAAAAAUAAAUCAAUUGAACGAAUGACGAUUGAACGAUUUGCUGCAUAUUUAGCAUCAUUAACUGUUUAUCUGUUUCCAACUUUAUCAUUUUAUUUAUAUACAAUGACUUCUAGUAUGUUUCGUAAUGAAUUAAAAAAAUUAAUACGAUUUAUAUGGCGAUGUAAUUGUUUACGUCAAAAUGCUCGUAUUGAACCAAUCGGAAAUGAUGCUAAACAUAGACCGGUUAUUAGACAUUAA